CAAAGAUCAAUUAGACAACUGCGGGGUUGCCGAGUUCCUUUCCUGUCAUGUACCCUGCUGGUAUUUCAGCUAAGUGGAACGACGUGGUAUCGAAUUGUCCAUCCCUUGUUCAUAUCAUCCUAUAAUCUGGAGAUCUGGGGGCGUUGGGAAAAAACCUGGAGACCCCGCGACGUUUUGUGACGACCCGUGCGGGAAGAGUUCCGUGCUGUUGGUGCCCGUGCAGCAUCAUACCGUGGUAGCUUAUAAUGGUCGUUGAUCGCCCCCGUUUUGCGUUUUGGCUCUCCAGAUAGCGGCUAUCAACAACUCCACAAACCAACGAUCCACUUUGCAAAUUGAGCAGAAUGGCCGUGGACUCCAAGAUCCAGCCUCCGUCUGGGGGCAUUGAGGCUGUUCUGCCGAACCAGACUACACCGUGGUAUAAGCAAGCCCACUUGGUUAAACUCAAUAGUCUGAUCCUGGGCUUGGUCUGCUUCCAAUCGGCAAUCGGAUAUGAUGGAAGUCUCCUCAACGGUCUUCAAUCUCUACCCCAAUGGAGCGACUUCAUGAACCAUCCUUCUGGUGAAUGGUCCGGCUUCAUCAACGCCAUCUACUUCAUCGGAUUCUUUGUAGCGUGCCCUCCUAGCUCAUGGCUCGCAAACAAAUAUGGUCGUCGUCUUCCAGCUUUCCUAGGCUUCAUUCCGCUGGCAAUCGGUACUGGUCUCCAGACAGGUGCUAAGACUGAGGCAGAGUGGAUUGCGGGCCGUUUUAUCCUCGGUAUCCCGACUGCCAUGUUCGCGACAUCAAUCCCUCUUCUCAUUACUGAGAUCGCGUACCCUAGUCACCGAAGUGUCAUCACCGCUUUGACCAACUGUAACUAUUUUAUCGGUGGUAUCAUUGCAGCUUGGGCGUGCUACGGCACCAGGAACUACACCGACUGGGCCUGGAGGAUUCCAACCAUUCUCCAGAUUGCCUUGCCUCUUGUUGCACUUCCUGCUUUGAUCAUGGUGCCCGAAAGUCCUCGAUGGUUGGUAUCUGUUGGACGAGAAGACGCAGCGCGGGAGACACUAGGAAAGCUGCACGCGGGCGGUGAUGCGAACCACCCUCUUGUCGACUUCGAACUUCACGAAAUUACGACCGCCAUCGAGUCCGAGAAACAAGCUGAGAAGUCAAGCUCCUGGGCAUCACUAGUAUCCACUCCCGCCCAUCGUCGCCGUCUCUUCAUCACGGCAUCAUUGGCAAUCUACAGUCAGUGGGUCGGUAAUGGAGUCGUCAGCUAUUACCUCUCUACUGUCCUUGCCACCGUCGGCAUCACCAGCGUCACUGAUCAGACUCUGAUUAUGGGAUGUCUUCAGAUCUGGAGUUUCUUGGCUGCAGUUGCUGGUGCCUCAUGCGUCGAGAGACUGGGACGACGACUUCUUCUCAUGAUCUCUUGCGCAGUCAUGCUUGUCAGCUUUAUCCUAAUCACUGCCAUGUCAGGGAGCUUUGCGCAAACUGGAUCACGAUCAGUUGGAGUCACAAUGAUUCCAUUUGUGUUCUUAUUCAAUGCUGGUUAUGCCAUCGCUAUAACUCCUCUCCAGGUUGCUUACCCUCUUGAGCUUUGGCCCUUCCAGCUACGUGGCCGUGGAAUCUCUGCAGCCUGGAUGAUUAUGAUCUUGGCCCUCAUGUUCAACGUCUUUGUGAAUCCAAUUGCUUUGUCGGCUAUUGGUUGGAAGUACUACAUCGUGUAUGUGGCUCUUCUGGUGUCCUAUGGCUUCGUCAUUUUCUUCUUCUAUCCCGAAACACGUGGACGUACACUGGAGGAGAUUUCGGUCAUCUUUGGUGAUGCACCAGAUGGACUCUACUCUGAUGAGCUUGACACGAAACAGGUGAUUGAGAAGGUUGAUGUGAAGCAUCUGGAAUAAAAAUUAACGAAUGGGAAAGAUUCUGGUGUUAGCGUAGCCAGCCCUCUUUGAUAUUAUGAACUAGACUAGGCGAUAUAGUGUUUCUUGUCUCCUUGG